ACCCAAGCUUAAGACACCCUGCAAAAUAACGAUCACGGCUGCUCCUGCAUUAGCCCCUUAUUUCCGAACUCCAAAAGAAACAGAGAAAGUGCGAGACCGUUCCUCCAUAAACCUUGCUAGGGUUCUGAUCACCUUACACUCUCCCUUAUCGAUCUCCAGGUGAAAGAGGAACAAAAGAAAAAAUGACUUUAACAGAAGAAGAAAUCAAGAGGCUGUUAAGAAUUAGAAAGACAGUGAUGCAAAUGCUCAAGGAUAGAGGUUAUUUUGUUGGAGACUUUGAAAUUAAAAUGACAAGAGAGCAAUUUGAAUCCAAAUAUGGUAAUAACAUGAAAAGGGAAGAUCUUGUUAUUAACAAGACCAAGCGAAACGAUAGUUCUGAUCAGAUUUAUGUUUUCUUUCCGGAGGAAGCUAAAGUUGGUGUUAAAACAAUGAAGACAUACACUAAUCGCAUGAAAUCCGAGAAUGUUUUUAGAGCAAUCUUGGUUGUUCAACAGAAUUUGACCCCAUUUGCUCGAACUUGUAUCAAUGAGAUCUCUACAAAAUUCCACUUGGAGGUCUUUCAGGAGGCUGAGCUGUUGGUUAACAUCAAAGAGCAUGUUCUUGUCCCUGAACAUCAAGUUCUUUCAAAUGAAGAGAAGAAGACUUUGUUGGAGAGAUACACAGUGAAAGAAACACAGCUGCCUCGCAUUCAGAUAACUGAUCCAAUCGCAAGAUACUACGGGCUGAAGCGUGGACAAGUUGUUAAGAUUAUCAGGCCAAGUGAAACAGCAGGACGAUAUGUUACCUACCGAUAUGUUAUAUAAAUAGUUUUAUCAGCUUAAGAUUAACUCAGAUUAGUGUUUGAAACGUGUACUCUGCAUUUCUGUCAAAAUUAAUUAACUCGGACCCCAAAAGGAGGAUUUAUGGAUAUUAAGAUGACUCUGGCUAUAUUGUUUUGAUCUCACCGUGUCAUCGUGAGCUCUUCAUACGGUGCUCUCUGAAUUUGGGAUUUGUUUGUAUUUCUUAUGCUGCUGUCAUUCACAGACUGAGAGCCAAUGGCUUAUUUUCUGA